AUAAAUAAACCAAAGCUUUCUCCGCUUUCAUUUUCUCUUGCUUUCACUCUUCUUUCACCGAAGAAACCAAAAGUUUGAGAAACAAAAGCAUGUCAGAUUCACAGUCCAAUUCAGAGAUUUUUAGCAUUCGGAUUGUCACCAUCGACUAUUACAUGGCACCGCCCAUCCCCGACGCUGAUAUCUGUUAUAGCAGCUUCCACGGUGGAAAGGUGAAUGAAGUGCCUGUGAUAAGAGUGUAUGGUCCUACUCCUGCUGGCCAGAAGACUUGCUUGCACAUUCAUCGAGCUUUACCCUAUUUGUAUGUGCCGUGUUCAGAUAUACCACUUCAACUGGACUCAGGUGAUGCAUUCACCUAUAAGGUAGCUGCUUCUCUUGAGAAAGCCUUAAAGCUUAAAGGCAAUGCUGGUUCAAGUAGACAACAUGUACAUGGAUGCAGCCUUGUACGAGCAAGGAAAUUUUAUGGCUAUCAUUCACUUGAGGAGUUAUUUGUAAAGAUAUACCUAUAUUAUCCUCAAGAUGUCUCCCGUGCAGCUAAUCUUCUCUUGGCUGGUGCUGUUCUUGAUAAAAGUUUACAGCCUUAUGAAUCACAUAUUCCCUUUAUUCUUCAGUUUCUGGUUGAUUACAACUUGUAUGGCAUGGGUCAUUUGCACCUAUCAAAGAUGAAGUUCCGCUACCCCAUUCCUGACACUUGCAAGAAAUUAAAUACCGAUGAUCAGCAUAGAAAGGCAGAUUCAGAUGCUCAUGCAUGUUUAGAGUCAAAAUUGUGGAUGUCUUCCACGAUCUCAUCUGAGUGGAUGUGGUCACCCCCAAGCAAAUCCGGUGCUUUGUCAAAUGAUGAGGCUCACUGUCCUAAACGUCAAAGUAUCUGUGAGCUUGAAGGAGAUACUUCUGUGGAUGAGAUACUUAAUCAGCAAUUUAAAAUGUAUUCAUCUCUCUCACAAACAUGCUCAGAUGUCAACAUGGUUCAGUCACUUGUACCAAUAUGGGAGGAGCAACAGAAACGGAAUGGGGUUCAUGAGGCUACCAUGCCUUCUGAUCCUGGCAAACCACUACCAGAAGAUGUUAUGAAACUUCUCUCUGUUGGUCUUGACUUUGAGAAAAAAUUUAUUGAAUUGUGCAGUGAAGCUGAAACCUCUUUAUUUUGUACUUUUUCUGCGAAGGAAUUGAGAGAAACAGACAUAAUAGGCUCGGCAUCACCACCAGCUUCAUUAUGCAAAAAUGCCAAAUUGCAUGAGGAAGGGACUGAUGCAAAUCUUGAAAUGUUGACUAUGGAUGAAAUCCCUUCAUCUGAAAUGAUUGGAACAUUGGACAUAAAGGCUGCUGAUAAGGAAGCACAAAAUAUUCUUAAGUGGCUUGCAACUUCUCAAGCUGCAGAGGAUAUAAACUCUGACGAUGAACUUGUUUAUGAAACAAUCUUGACUCCCUUGUUACCUGCUGCAACAAUUGAUAAGGUGCUGGAGGAAGCUAAUAUUGCUUAUGAGAAUGAGUCCCAAAAGGAGUGUCAGGAUAUUCUAGAUUCAAUUGAUGAUAUGCUUGAGUUGGAGUUACCAAAUGAAAAACCCUCUCAUUCCUUGGAUCACUAUUGUCCUAUUGGAGCUUCAUCAAGCAGUAUGUUACCUCAAGUUGAUGGUUCUAAUGAUGAUGAGUUCUCAAGUCCACGUGAUAGUUUGGCUGGAACCUCUUCUCUAGUAGAGAUAAACAGUGAAUACACAAGGGCUUCUGAGCACCAUGUACUGCCCAAUACUGACACAAGUACACUUAUUAAAGAUAAAAGGAAUAAACAAUGGGGGUCUUUGCCUUUUUCCUCAAUUGAUAAAGCUAAUAAUGAUGGAGAGCAUGCUACUUUACUUGUGACUCAUCCAUUUGAAAGUGAGACUGGAGAUUCUGCUCACUCAAAUUACUUAAACAGAAAUGAGGUUAGAAAUGGUGCUUGUUUUAUAAGGAACAAGGGCAGAGAUGCUUCAGAUUCCAAAGAAGUACACAAAUUGGUUAACUGCUCUUUGCGGGACUUGAUGAGGCGAAAGCGAUCCUAUCGAGUUGAACAAGCUGACUGUGAGUCUGGAACUACUAAAAAGCUUCUUUUAGACAGGCAUGAGGAACAAAAUGCAUGCCUUUGGCAAAAACAGCUGGAUUUAAAAACAAUGCAAACUGAUGAAGAAGAAAUGGAACACCAGAAGAAUUGUGAAUGUGAAGUUAGCAAUCAUGCUAAUUUAGUGCAUGGGAAAAUGCCCCUUCCAGCUGGCAGUGACUGUCUUUUACAAGCUACUAGCCGGCCAAAAGAUGAAUAUUUUGGUCAACAUGAAAUAGAAGGUUUGGAAGCAAGUUCAGUGUUGAGGAACUGUACAAAUGGAGAGUCUGCUUUAAUGCAUGGGGGACCAGGCCUCCAAAAGCCUGAAAAAUUAUACUUAAUCAAUUCCAUAGACCCAUCUAUGGUUUGUAGGGGUGAAAACCUUAAGGUUGGCACAACUUUUACAAAACCUGUAGCUUCUGAUGCCUGUACCCAAAAUCCCCUCUUGGACACACGGUCGAGAACAGCUUCUGUUCAUACAGUCAGAGCUUCUGAGAGGACUCCACAAACUGAUACUUCUGCUUCAAGUAGUGUGCAGAGCUCCUUCAUUGAUGAUAAAGUGUCUGACAAAUUCAUGGAUCAAAGUUCUCAUGGAAGCAGAUCUUUUGUGCAACAUGAUCAGAUGACGUUUUGUGAGAAUUCUGUGGAGAAAAAUGCUGCAAGUGAUGUGCAAGUAUUGUUAAGUGAAAAAGUGGAUACUCAAAAGCUGGGUGAAAAUUUGUUGCAUGAGACUAUUAAAUUAACUGAAAUAACCACAGGCAAGAACCCCCUGGCUGAUAAGACUCUUGAAGGUACUUUGACCUUGCCAACAACCUCUAAUACCCAUUUUCAUUUGGAUGAGGACAGCUCUGAUGAAAUGCCAGGGGAUGUUCUGGAUGACUUUCUUCCGAUAUCUGCAAGGGAUUCUCAGAAAGGGAUGGAGACUUGCAAUGAGUAUGUUACAGUUAAAACCCUUACAUCUAAUGGUACAAAGAGUGUCUCGACCCACUAUCAAAAUGAUGGUUCUCACCUAUACCUAUUAACUCCUAAUAUUUUGCCUCCUUCUGUGGGUACUGUGCAUAGAUGGUUACUUUGUAACAAGAGAGGGAACAUUCCUGAUCAUACACAUCAAGAAACAGAUGCAGAGGACAAGGAUGUUCCAAAAUGUGCUUCUGAGACUGAACCUCCUCUUAGGCCUAAGCUGUAUCAAGAUUCUGAUACAGAAAAUAAGCCUCCAUGCAAUGGAGAAGGACAAACAGAAAGAGUGAAAGCAUGCCUAGAUGACUCACAAGAUAUUUCUCAGAUAUCAGACCCUGAUAGAAAAUCAAGUUUUACCCCUCUAAGUCAAAUUGGAUUUCGAGACCCUGCAAGUGUUGGCUGUGGACAGCAAUUGACAUUACUUAGUAUAGAGAUUCUUGCAGAAUGUAGAGGAGACCUUUUACCCGAUCCUCAAUUUGAUGCCAUCAACAUUGUAGCUCUUGGUUUUCAGAAUGACGGUGAUUCUAUUGUUGAAGUUCUAGUUCUUUUACAUAGUAAAUAUGUACCUUGUCAGAGAAGUUUUGAUGGUCUAUUUGGCUGUAAAAUAUUGGUCUUCACUGAUGAGAAACUCUUGUUAAAAGAAUUUAUAAAGAUUGUGUCUUCAUCUGACCCAGAUAUUUUGAUGGGUUGGGAUAUUCAAGGGAGUUCUCUUGGUUUUCUGGCAGAAAGGGCAUCACAUCUUGGUUUGGGAUUACUUAAUAAUGUGUCUCGCACUCCAUCUGAGUCUUUGAUUGCUUCUGAAGAUAGCAAAACUUAUGAAAAAGAUAUCUUGGAACUGGACAUCCAUGAUACCCCUAGUCGAGAUUGUUGCGUGCCAGAAAAUUCAAUAAUUGAGGAUGAAUGGGGACGGACACAUGCUAGUGGAGUUCAUAUAGGAGGCAGAAUUGUCCUGAAUGCAUGGCGAUUGAUCCGUGGAGAAGUUAAGCUGAACUUAUAUUCAGUUGAAGCUGUAGCUGAAUCUGUAUUGAGGCGGAAAAUUCCUUCAUUUCAUCACAAGGUGCUAACAAAAUGGUUUUCAAGUGGUCCUGGACGAGCAAGAUAUCGGUGUAUCAAAUAUGUUAUAGAGAGAGCAAAGCUGAACCUUGAGAUAAUAAACCAGCUUGAUAUGGUGAAUCGAACAUCAGAACUUGCUCGUGUCUUUGGCAUAGAGUUUUUUUCUGUUCUCUCUCGAGGAUCACAAUACCGUGUUGAAUCCAUGUUUCUGAGGUUGGCCCAUACGCAAAACUAUCUUGCCAUCUCACCUGGAAAACAACAGGUUGCUUCUCAGCCUGCCAUGGAGUGCCUUCCCCUAGUAAUGGAACCAGAAUCUGGAUUUUAUUCAGAUCCUGUUGUUGUACUUGACUUCCAGUCUUUAUAUCCAUCCAUGAUAAUUGCAUACAAUCUUUGCUUUUGCACUUGUCUCGGUAAAGUUGUGGCAUCAAAGGCCAACACACUUGGGGUUAGUUCAUUCUCACCAGAGCAACAUGUUCUGCAGGAUUUAAAGGAUCAAAUCUUGCUCACUCCAAAUGGUGUUAUGUUUGUACCUUCGAAGGUUCGAAGAGGUAUACUGCCCCGCUUAUUGGAAGAAAUCUUAACAACAAGAAUUAUGGUAAAACAAGCAAUAAAAAAGUUGGCUCCUCCAGAGAAAGUUCUUCAGCGGAUAUUUAAUGCAAGGCAGCUUGCUUUGAAGCUCAUAGCGAAUGUAACAUAUGGCUACACUGCUGCUGGAUUUAGUGGUCGCAUGCCCUGUGCAGAACUUGCAGACAGUAUCGUUCAGUGUGGCCGUAGUACACUGGAAAAGGCUAUAUCAUUUGUAAAUCUACAUGAAAAGUGGAAUGCUAAAGUUAUUUAUGGAGAUACUGAUAGUAUGUUUGUCCUCCUUAGAGGAUGCACUGUCAAAGAGUCUUUCCAAAUUGGGAGUGAGAUUGCCUCUGCUAUCACUGCUAUGAAUCCUAGCCCUGUCACCCUGAAGAUGGAGAAAGUUUAUCACCCAUGUUUCCUCCUUACUAAGAAAAGAUAUGUCGGCUACAGUUAUGAAAGCCCUGAUCAAAUUGAACCUGUUUUUGAUGCCAAGGGUAUUGAGACAGUACGCAGGGACACAUGUGGUGCAGUUGCAAAGAUAAUGGAGCAGUCUUUGAGACUCUUCUUUGAGCAUCAGAAUUUAUUGGAGGUGAAGACUUAUUUGCAUCGUCAGUGGAAGAGGAUUCUUUCAGGAAGAAUCUGCCUUAAAGAUUUUAUCUUUGCAAAGGAGGUUCGCUUGGGUACCUACAGUGCAAGAAUCUCAUCACUUCCUCCUGCUGCAAUUGUAGCCACUAAGGCAAUGACGGUUGACCCUAGGGCAGAACCACGUUAUGCUGAGAGAAUACCGUAUGUUGUAAUUCAUGGAGAGCCUGGAGCUCGCCUGGUUGAUAUGGUUGUGGAUCCAUUGGAAGUUUUGGCAAUUGAUUCCCCAUUUAGAAUAAAUGAUUUAUAUUACAUUAAUAAACAAAUAGUACCAGCUUUACAGCGGGUAUUUGGACUUGUUGGUGCUGACUUAAACCAUUGGUUUUCAGAGAUGCCCCGCCCCACAAGGGAAGCUUCUGCAAAGCAUACAUUAACUACAAAUUUCCAUCAAACCAGAAUUGAUUAUUACUAUCUUUCAAAACAUUGUGUAUUAUGUGAUAGGUUGGUUCAGGCAUCAGCCCGUUUAUGCAAUCAAUGUUCUGAAAAUGAAGUAGCUGCUGCAACAGCAGUGAUUAGUAAGACUUCAAAGUUAGAGCAAGAGAUGCAACAUCUUGUUGCUGUAUGUCACCAUUGUGGAGGCGGGGAUAGGCUUCUGGAAAAUGGUGUGAAGUGUACGUCCAUUUCAUGCUUGGUGUUUUAUGAGAGGCGGAAGGUUCAGAAAGAACUGCUAGCUGCCACCCAUGUUGCUGCAGAUAAAGACUUAUAUCCGAGAUGCACAGUGGAAUGGUUCUGAAAACAUGUUUUGCUUGUUAGUAUAGCAUUUUCUGCGCAAAAUGGUAAAAAUAUCUCCAUUUUGUGUUAAGCCCAAUCAAAUUUGUAUAUUUUGUGAUUUUUAUUUAAUCAAGUGUAAAGUUAAGUUAGUAUCCAUGGAUUUGUUGAUCUAUUAGUUCAAUUGGUUAGAACGUUGUGUUAAUAACGCAAAAGUAACAAAUUCGAUUAUGUAUUUAUCAUACAAAUUGUCAAUUAUUCUUGAGGAUAUUACAAAUUCACAAUUCAUAUCAACUUUAUGGAUGAAUAA